AUGGAUGGCUUUAGUCGUAUAGUCAGUCAGAGUUGGCUUUAUGUCUUUCAAGGGAUUUGGAGAUUAAGGAGCAUUCAGAGCCGCCCCCUGUACUGAGAGUGUUGGCACAAUGACGGCCCAAGCUAAAGAGAGAGUGAGUGUGUGUGUGUGAGUGUGUGUGUGUGUGAGUGUGUGUGUGAGUGUGUGUGUGUGUGUUUGUGUGGGCACCAGCCCAACCCUAAGAGACUUAGCUGAUUACUGGCAUUGGAGGCACCAUCGGAGGUGUUCUGCCUGAUAGGAAUAAUUGAACUGAACUACCUCCUAUUCUACAGUUACCAGGAUUUACAGUCAGUUAUAUGAAACAAUAACUAUAGUUACCAGGAUUUACAGUCAGUUAUAUGAAACAAUAACUAUAGUUACCAGGAUUUACAGUCAGUUAUAUGAAACAAUAACUAUAGUUACCAGGAUUUACAGUCAGUUAUAUGAAACAAUAAUUAUAGUUACCUGAGGGCCUCCCGAGUGGUGCAUCGGUCUAAGGCACUGCAUCGCAGUGCUUGAGGCGUCACUACAGCCCCGGGUUCGAUCCCAGGCUGUGUCAUAGCCGGCCGUGACUGGGAGACCCAUGAGGCGGCGCACAAUUGGCCCAGCGUUGGGGAGGGUUUGGCCGGCCGGGAUGUCCUUGUCCCAUCGCGCUCUAGCGACUCCUUCUGGCGGGUCGGGCGCCUGCAAGCUGACACUAGGUCGGCGGUUGUACGGUGUUUCGUCUGACACAUUGGUGUGGUUGGCUUCCGGGUUAAGCGAGCAGUGUGUCGUGUUUCGGAGGACACAUGGCUCUCGACCUUUGCCUCUCCCGAAUCCGUACGGGAGUUGCAGCAAUGGGACAAGACUGUAACUACCAAUUGGAUAUCACAAAAUUGUGGAGAAAAAGGGGUAAAAGUAACACAAAAAAAACACCUAUAGUUACCAGGACUUUACAGUCAGUUAUAUGAAACCAUAACUGAAAGAUCCUAAACAAUACUUUGUUCUGUGUUUCUCCCUGACAGUGACAAACAAGCACCACUUUGUGGAUGGAGGACUGCUGUACCAGUUCAGACUGAACUUCAGGAGGAGACGGCGUCUGAUGGAGCUGCUGAACGAGCGCUGUCGUACCAUCCCAGAGAGCCAUGACAGCCCCUUCUGUCUCCGCAAACAGAACCCAGAGGGAGGCAACACCAGCUUCCUAUCUGGUAAACCUAAUUGUCUAACGAUCCAUCAAAUGUAGGUAUAAAGCCCUUUUUACAUCAGGACUUGUUGUAACCACACCAUCUAGUCACACUGGGGCUGAAUCCCACUACAACCCUUAGCCCCUACUCACUAGGCACUAUCUACAGUCACACUGGGGCUGAAUCCCACUACAACCCUUAGCCCCUACUCACUAGGCACUAUCUACAGUCACACUGGGGCUGAAUCCCACUACAACCCCUACUCCCUACUCCCUAGGCACUAUCUACAGACACACUGGGGCUGAAUCCCACUACAACCCUUAGCCCCUACUCCCUACUCCCUAGGCACUAUCUACAGUCACACUGGGGCUGAAUCCCACUACAACCCCUAGCCCCUACUCCCUAGGCACUAUCUACAGUCACACUGGGGCUGAAUCCCACUACAACCCCUAGCCCCUACUCCCUACUCCCUAGGCAUUAUCUACAGACACACUGGGGCUGAAUCCCACUACAACCCCUAGCCCCUACUCUCUACUCCCUAGGCACUAUCUACAGUCACACUGGGGCUGAAUCCCACUACAACCCCUAGCCCCUACUCCCUACUCCCUAGGCACUAUCUACAGUCACACUGGGGCUGAAUCCCACUACAACCCCUAGCCCCUACUCCCUACUCCAUGGCACUAUCUACAGACACACUGGGGCUGAAUCCCACUACAACCCCUAGCCCCUACUCCCUACUCCCUAGGCACUAUCUACAGACACACUGGGGCUGAAUCCCACUACAACCCCUAGCCCCUACUCCCUACUCCCUAGGCACUAUCUACAGACACACUGGGGCUGAAUCCCACUACAACCCCUAGCCCCUACUCCCUAGGCACUAUCUACAGUCACACUGGGGCUGAAUCCCACUACAACCCCUAGCCCCUACUCCCUACUCCAUGGCACUAUCUACAGUCACACUGGGGCUGAAUCCCACUACAACCCCUAGCCCCUACUCCCUACUCCAUGGCACUAUCUACAGACACACUGGGGCUGAAUCCCACUACAACCCCUAGCCCCUACUCCCUAGGCACUAUCUACAGACACACUGGGGCUGAAUCCCACUACAACCCCUAGCCCCUACUCCCUACUCCCUAGGCACUAUCUACAGACACACUGGGGCUGAAUCCCACUACAACCCCUAGCCCCUACUCCCUAGGCACUAUCUACAGUCACACUGGGGCUGAAUCCCACUACAACCCCUAGCCCCUACUCCCUACUCCAUGGCACUAUCUACAGUCACACUGGGGCUGAAUCCCACUACAACCCCUAGCCCCUACUCCCUACUCCAUGGCACUAUCUACAGUCACACUGGGGCUGAAUCCCACUACAACCCCUAG